AUGAGGUCCGGGGCCAUCACAGUGGCGCCGCCCGCCAAGAACGUGGUCAUGUACCGCAACGGGGACCCAUUCUUCCACGGCAGGAAGUUUGUGGUGAGCCAACGCCGGUUCCUGACCUUUGAGGCCUUUUUGAAUGAGGUGACGGGCACGAUCCAGGCCCCCGCCGCCAUCAGGAGCAUCUACACCCCCCGGCAGGGCCAUCGAAUCAGCGACUUGGGCGAGCUGCAGAACGGGGCCCAAUAUGUGGCCGCGGGCUUUGAGCGGUUCAAGAGGCUCAACUAUCUCAACUCUGGAAUGAAGCAGUUGAACAGGAACAGAAAAAAAGACGGAGCGCAGCACUAUUCAGGUAUCCCCCAGAAGAUGACUGUUUCAGCACAAUGGAGGAAGCAGGUGAACUUACCCUGCAUUAUACAUGUUUUCCGCAAUGGGGAUCUGCUGAGCCCCCCUUUCCGCUUGAUCCUCUCCAAGAGCACCCUGCAGGAAUGGAACUCCGUCCUGAGCCUCUUGUCAGAAAAGGCAAACCUGCGGAGUGGAGCUGUCAAAAAGCUCUGCAAGCUGAAUGGCGCCGGCGUCUCCAGUGGGGAGGAUCUCGUGAGCGGAGACUACUACGUGGCUGUGGGGCUGGAGAAGUACAAAAGCCUGCCCUACUUCGAAUUGUUGGUGCCCCCAAAGCUAGGGCACCGGCCUUUUCGGAAUCUUCCUAAUAACAGAAGAAGAAACUACAGUCGUGGGUUUGGCAAGCUCCACCUGGCUUCCCAAGAUGGAGCCAGUGACUCUGCACUCCUGGAACCACCACAGCAGCUCAAUCUUCGGAGGGUGCAGUCCACAGGAAUUGUACAGAAAGAAAACAUGCCAUGUUCUUCUGUGGUGGUGCACAAGCAAACCAGGAAAUACCAACACAAAGAUGAGAAGUCAUCCAUCUUUCAUGCCAAGCGAAUCCAGGAUGGGUACAUCUACCAGAAUGCUCACCAGAUGUCUGACCAAGAAAGAAAUGAGGAAAGUGUUUAUAAAACAAAAGGUGCAAGGGAAGAAAUUGCAGAUGCCCAGGAAAUAGGGGAAGAUGAAGACACACAGGUGGAAUUUCCUAUAGACCAGAAAGCCGCAGAGACUGUGGAAGAGGAAGUGAUGCCCAAAACUAAAGUAUUGCCACGCAGGAAGGUUGAGAACACGGACAAGCUCCAGAAGGUCUUUCCAGUUCGAUCUGCUGCUGGUGACUCACGGCAGGAGGUGGCACAAAGGCCCCGUUUCCAUCCAGCUUGAAGAAAAUGUUGCAACAGGGAAAUGACUGUGGUAAAAUAGAGACUCCCACAAAGCCUCUCCUGCAGGGGUGCA